UGUGGUCACAUCCCAACACAUGUGUUAAGAAAGCUCUUUUUUAAGAAACAAUUUAUCUAAAAGAGUAACUACAAUAAUAAAUGAUAUGAAAUUAUUUAUGUGUAACUAAAAGCAUGAUUUUUGCCAUUAGAAAUUGAUGUGCUCAUAAAUUGUAAAAACAAUUAUGCAGUAAUAGUGCCAUUGAUGUGUUCCUCAACCGCAAUUAUUACCUAGAGAUAACGCGUGUAUUUGUAUUUAUUUAGACAUUCCAUGUUCGCAAGCAAACAUGGAAUCCAAAUACAUGAUUAACAGCAAUGGCAGCUCGGGAAUGGCCUCCGUGUUCCCGAUGAAGCGCAAAAUAGAACCGAUGAAGGAGCAAAACUCUAUCAAGAAGCCUAACUAUUUUCCGCCCAAGCAACAGCAACAACAGCAUCAGUACGGUAAAAACGUGAUGAAGAAGAACACAAUUGAGCAGGAUCGCAAGGCGCUGCCUGUUUACAAUUGCCGCCAACGCAUCCUCAAGGAGGUGGAGGCCAACGAUACUCUACUGAUCAUGGGCGAGACGGGUUCAGGCAAGACGACACAGAUACCGCAGUUUCUGCUGCAGGCCGGCUAUGCCACCAAUGGCAUCAUUGGCAUCACGCAGCCACGUCGCGUCGCUGCCAUCACAAUUGCCAAGCGAGUGGCGCAGGAGCUGUCGUGCAACGUGGGCGACACUGUGGGCUACACGGUGCGCUUCGAAGACACGACGACGGAACGCACACGCAUUCGCUAUCUGACCGAUGGCAUAUUGCUCCGCGAAGCCAUCCGCGAUCGAUUAUUGCGCAGGUAUUCUGCUAUUAUGCUGGACGAGGCGCACGAGCGAACUGUGAAUGCGGAUGUGCUGUUUGGCAUAGUGAAGGAGGCGCAACAGGAGCGACGCAAACACAAAAUGGCCAAGCUGAAGCUGAUCAUUACCUCAGCCACCAUGGACAUUGAUCAUUUCGGGCAGUACUUUAAGGUUAAGGGCAUGUAUCUGGAGGGACGCACGCAUCCGGUGCGUGUGAUGCACGCCAAGGAGUCACAGGAUGAUUAUAUACAUGCUGCCCUGGUCACGCUAUUUGAUAUACAUCGUCAUGAGCCCAUAAAUCAUGAUGUGCUUAUCUUUCUCACCGGCCAGGAGGAGAUUGAGGCGUUGGCUCAGCAGAUUCGACAGCUGGCGCGGAUCAAUAACUCGGGCCCGUCGGAUGUGCGUGUUUUCACGUUGUACGCGCAACUGGCGCAGGGCAAGCAGCUGGAAUGCUUUCUCCCGGUACCCGCGAAUACGCGAAAAAUUGUGCUGGCCACAAAUAUUGCCGAGACAUCGAUCACCAUACCGGGCAUUCGCUGUGUCAUCGACUGUGGCUACGUCAAGGAGAAAUCGUUCAAUCCUUCCACAGGUCUAGACACCCUGAAGACUGUGCGUAUCUCACAGGCACAGGCCUGGCAGCGCAGUGGACGUGCUGGACGGGAUGCCCCAGGAAAAUGCUAUCGCACCUACACCAAGAGCAACAUGGAAAAGUUUAGGUCUGCCGCUCAACCAGAAAUACUGCGUGCCAACUUGACGUCGACGGUGUUGCAGCUGCUGGCGCUGGGCAUCGAUUGUGCCAGCUUUGAUUUCAUCGAUCCGCCACAUCCGGAGGGCGUGCAAAGCGCCUACAAGGCCUUGGAGCAGUUGGGCGCCGUCAAAGCCGCUGCGACGCCACCCGCAAUAACGAGCACGGGUCGCUUGAUGGCCCAGUUUCCCCUGGAUCCGAGAUUUGCUAAAUUGCUGCUGGCGGCUCCCAGUUUUGGCUGCAUGGAGGAGAUGCUCAGCUUGGUGGCCGCUUUGUCUAGCGACAAUGUUUUCAUUGGACACACGGAUAAAAGUGAAUUGGCUGCGUUGGCACAUGCCAAGUUUCAGUCCAAGCACGGCGAUCAUUUGACACUGCUCAAUGUGUUUGCGACAUUUCAGAAAACGGAUAAACCCAAAGUCUGGUGCCAUGACAACUUCCUGAACAUUAGGAAUCUAAACUACGCCCGCAAUGUACGCAAUCAGCUCGUUGAAAUAUGCAACAGAAUUGGCCUGGCUUCGAAUAGUUGUGGCGACAAUUUAGAUGCAGUCAAGAAGUGUCUGCUGACGGGAUUGUUCGAUAACAUGGCCACGCUUCAAAAGGAGGGACACUACCUGACUCUCAGUGGACGGGUGAAGGCCAAAAUCCAUCCAUCCAGUGUGCUGCACGGCAAGUACAAGCCACAGUGCAUCCUGUUCAGCGAGAUGGUGCAAACGGAGCACAAUUUCCUGCGACAGGUGACGGAGAUCAGCGUGGAAUGGAUCGAAGAAGUGCUGCCAAACAUGAAGUUUAAUAUUAAAUAAUCGCAUUUGAGUUUGGUCGUAGAAUCGCUUCCUUCUAUGGAGUGAUAUAUUGAUCGGAUUGUCGGGGGAGAAUAGAUUGUCCGCAAUUUGAAACGAAGUUUGGAAAGGACACGCUCAGUUAGUUGUGGCUAAUUCCUUGAACAUUUGCAGGGAAUCAUAGUUAAGACUCAUUUCCUUCUUUACUAAUCUUAAGUACAUUAAUGUUAACGUCUUUUAAUAACCAUUGCUUUAAUUAUAAGCCCUAACCAUUUUUUUUAAAUGUAGCAGAGUUAAAUUUUCUAGUUAAAACAUAAUAAAAUUAUAUUGGAACAUGAGAAAAAAAAAACU